GCUAGUGCUGGGGCUGGAGGAGGGACGCGCUGGAGCGGGGCCGCCGGGACUGAGCGAGCGACAGACGCGCCACCCGCCGACGCCGCAGCCGCUUGGGGCCCGCACGGACCCUCCAUCUGAGUGUAGAAUGAGCCAAGGAGAUUCAAACCCAGCAGCUAUUCCACAUGCAGCUGAAGAUAUUCAAGGAGAUGACAGAUGGAUGUCUCAGCACAACAGAUUUGUCCUGGACUGUAAAGACAAAGAGCCUGAUGUACUAUUUGUGGGGGACUCUAUGGUGCAGUUAAUGCAGCAAUAUGAGAUAUGGCGAGAACUUUUUUCCCCUCUUCAUGCACUGAAUUUUGGAAUUGGAGGAGAUACAACAAGACAUGUUUUAUGGAGACUAAAGAAUGGAGAACUGGAGAACAUUAGACCUAAGGUCAUUGUUGUCUGGGUAGGAACAAACAACCAUGAAAAUACAGCAGAAGAGGUAGCAGGUGGGAUUGAGGCCAUUGUACAACUUAUCAAUACAAGGCAGCCACAGGCCAAGAUCAUUGUAUUGGGUUUGUUACCACGAGGUGAGAAGCCCAACCCUUUGAGGCAAAAGAAUGCCAAGGUGAACCAGCUUCUCAAGGUUUCUUUGCCGAAGCUUGCCAAUGUUCAGCUCCUAGAUAUAGAUGGGGGCUUUGUGCACUCGGACGGUGCGAUCUCCUGCCACGACAUGUUUGAUUUUCUGCAUCUCACGGGAGGGGGCUAUGCAAAGAUCUGCAAACCUCUCCAUGAACUGAUCAUGCAGUUGUUGGAGGAAACACCUGAGGAGAAACAAACCACCAUUGCCUGACUGGCUUCCAUCAGUAUUAAUACCAUCACGGCUUCCUCAGAUCAGUUAUAUCACUGGCACUACAGAAUCCUUCUCUUUCUUAAGGCACUUUGUAUUGUAGAAUGUUAUUGGAUGUUCUUUCUAGUGUUUGAAGGGGAGGAGGGAUUUGAACUGAUCCUGUACAUAGAAGGUUUGUUUUAUACAGGAGAAAAAUUAGCCAAGGAAGAUUGUUGUUUAAAUUCAUUUGAAACCAGAAGGGGACUUUUAGUUUGUGUGACACAUUCAUUGAACUAUCACUGUUUUUCCUAGGAUGGCAUCAGCCUAAGUACUGAACAAUAUGAAGAUU